CACGUCUCUAAUUCUCAUCAUUACUAUGGAGCCCAACAGUCCCAAAAAGAUACAAUUUGCUGUGCCUUUAUUCCAGAGUCAGAUUGCUCCUGAAGCAGCAGAGCAGAUCAGAAAAAGAAGACCUACACCAGCAUCACUUGUGAUUCUCAAUGAACAUAAUCCCCCAGAAACAGAUGACAAGAGGGUGACCAACACACAAGCUGAAUCACAAAAUGCAUCCCCUAAGCAAAGGAAGCAGAGCGUGUACACACCACCGGCCAUGAAAGGAGUUAAGCAUCUGAAGGGCCAGAAUGAAUCAGCAUUCCCUGAAGAAGAAGAAAGUGUAAACGAAAGAGAGGAGCAGUGGGACCAUUAAUUACGGGUCUGCAGCAAGAAGGCUUCUUGGGAAUAACUGAACUAUUAACUUUUCUGAAUAUCCCAUGGAAGGCCACUCCUUGACUUCCAGAAGCAUUCUCCACCGCUGCUCUCCACACUCAUACAGUAGUAAUACACCUCCAGAGAAGCUCUCCUUGAUUGAACUUUAGAACUAAGUACAGAUUGUUCAAUAUAUGUCCAAUUAAAGAAUAAACAUUUAUUUUAUGGUGAUUUUUCCUUUUAAUGACAUCUGCAUAGACAUUUGCAAUCAUGUGAGUGUUCUGACUUUAAUACUGCCGUGCUUAAUC